AGCAUUUUGCAUAUGUAAUGACUAAUUACCCCUUAAAAUCACUUGGAAAACUUCCAUGCUAUACAUACAUAUAUGUAUCUAUAAUGAUUUCCAUUGCAGGCCUGUCAGCUGCAGCAAAAUGGAAGCUUAAUGGAGCUAGUAGAUGAAAAGCUUGGAUCUGAAUUCAACAAGGAAGAAGCAGAAAGGAUGAUUAAAGUAGCUUUCUUAUUCACUGAUGCUUCACCCUCAAUAAAGCCAACAAUGGCUGAAGUGGUAAGCAUGCUGGAAGGAACUUCUACCAUUCCAGAAAUGAUUCCUGAAGCAAGUAGUUAUAGUAAAGAUUUAAGGUUUAAAGAUAUAAGAGACAGUACAAGCCAGAUACAUAGCCAGAGUUUGGGAGGGAGUCAGGCUCAUUUUUCAACAUCAGUUGGUUCAUUGCGUGGUUCUUCCUCCACUUCUGCCCAUGACCUCUAUGAAAUUACAGAUUUGGGUCAAAGCCAUGGGGGGAGAUAAUGUGCAGAUGGAAAGCAAGAGUUCAGAAGCAAGCCAGGCCCAGAUUUCAACUUCUGAGGAACAUCUAUAUCAAAUUACCUUGAACACAUUUCAUUGAUUUUUUUUAAAGAUUCAAUAAGUUGUAUAUCUUCUGUUGCAUAAUAGUAUCGAUCAUCGCUAUAUUUCAUACUCAAACAAUGAAAUAUAAGAUAUGUUAGCUUUCUGAUAAAAUCCCCUCCCCCUAAAGAUUUUGAAGAAAAAAAAAACCUCCAAGAAUUUUGGAAA